UUUUGUGUUCAAACUAUGAAAAAAUCACUUUAUGUUUAGACAAUAGACGUAUGGAUAGCUAUAAGUAACGGAAUAUUUCAAAUCAGUUCCCAGCCUAAUGUCAUAUUGCUCUAUGAUCGUUGAAAGAAAUGUGUCAAAACGAGCAUGCCGUCUUGUCCUUUGUCAUCCCAGCCAAAUGCCUUUUCAAAAGGAUCGUUUGGCAAUCGUUUCAGCACUAAAAAACACUUAAACAGUACACUUCAAAGCAGCCAUGAUCUUGGCAUAAAGUUUGAUCUCCAGUUACUACUUGAACGGCAGUCUUUAAAUGAAACAUGGAACAAACUAGUGAAAAAUGGGAUACUAACAUCUGAUCAGAUUAAUCUGUUGGUUGAAGCUACCAAUAACAAAACAAUAAGAAGUCCAAGUGGAAAUUUCCCUUGUGCAUGCUGUGAUGGGGAAUGUGAGUUAAAAUGUCAAAGCGUGUCCCAAAACUCAAUUGGAUCUUCAUAUAUUGAGAAACCAGUUAUAAAAUUUCUCAAUGCAUGGACAUGGAACAAGGAUGUUGGUUUGGGCGAUGUAAUAGAAUGUAGAAAGAAUCUCGAGAUUCAGUUAGAGGAUCUCUGCAUCAAAUCUUCACAGAGCAGUUUGAAUCUUCAAAAUUUAACGAAACAGCUCACCCUUUUCCGUCGACACAUAGAAGAGGUGAGGAAAGUUCGCCACUCAGAGGAUGCAAGAACUCGGGGGAUUGGAAAUCUGAAUAAAAACGAACUGGAUAAAUCUAAUGUUCAGAGAAAAUGGGUGUAUGAAGAAGUAGGCAGCAUUUCAUCAGAGAAGAGUAAAAAUCCUGUGUCAUCACCUCACACAAUUGUCACCACCUUAACUGAAGUAGGAUCUAAUGCUGCACUUAAUUUUCUAUUUGCAUUUUUCCGUCGCGCAUGGCAAUCAGGCGAAGACGGAGAUGCCUGUUUUGAGUUGCUGAUUCAUGCACUAGAAUCACUUCGCAGUUUACCUCCCGCGUCUAUCUUUCGUCUUCUACAUCAAAAGGAUAAUAGCACAUAUGACCUCUGGUUCAGAUUACUCAACAAAUCUGUCUCAUUUCUGCGUUCCAUAAUUUUCGAAGAAAGUUCGUGUUCCAUUCCUCUACGGGAUCGACAUGUGGCGCUACAACUUCUUUUAGAAGUCAGCAUACAACGUGGAAGCCUCCUCUGUGUUUUACAUGCUAUACACCUUCUGCUCGAAUUAUGGGACGUGGAGGAAAGUGGUCAGGACAACCGUUCAAAUAAUCGAGGUCUUGCGAUUGCUCCCUUAAUUCUGACGCUCCGCCGUUGGAGCGCAGUACAGCAAGAGCAGACGGGGGGUUCCGAAAAAUACAGUGAUGAAGAAUACGCUACUAGUCCAUCGGCUUGCCUUCUAAGGCAAGCCAGCUUAUCGCCUGAACCAGAAGAUGGUGACAAAGACGUCGACGUUGACCUAUAUCAAGCUGCUGUUCUCAUCUUGGCUCAUUUGGAUCGAUUAGCAGCUCCAUUUAUUCAUCCACCACUAUCGGAUCGAACAGUCAUUGAAAACACUUUAAUUCGAUUGGAUUUAAAUGCCUUGACGACGACAGAUCGUUACACCGAGGUCCACAAACUUUCAAUCACAAUCGAACAAAUGAUCUGCACUGCCCUUGGCCUAUUAAUUCUAUCCAGCGAUGGCAAAGUGUACAUUAUCGGCUACACCGAUCCAGAACCGACUAUCCGAAUUCUCAAAAGUUUCUCCGCUUUUUCGGUUGCGGAAAUUAGUUUUAUGGCCGGCGCUUAUGUCCGUGUUAUCCUAACUAAUUUUUCUCCCGCAACGGUAAAAUAAUUUAAUGUUGCAU